GGCAUCCCAGACUUCCCGAGAGGGACGCGGGAGAGCAGGGGCAUCGCUGAUUGGCCCAAAGUUCUCGGGCGCCGUCCACCGGGAGGGGAGGAGGACCCCCGAGCUCUGGCUGCAGACGGCGCGAGGCUGCAGGUUCGGUGGCCCGGCAGUUCCUUCCAGCGGUUCCGGUACCCUUUCCUGCCCCCGGGUUUGCCCGCCGUCCCCGCCAUGGGCCUGGAGCUCUACCUGGACCUGCUGUCCCAGCCCUGCCGCGCCGUCUACAUCUUCGCCAAGAAGAACCGCAUCCCUUUCGAGCUGCGCACAGUAGAUCUGCUUAAAGGCCAGCACCACAGCCCUUCCUUUGCCCAGGUGAACCCUCUGAAAAAGGUACCAGCUUUAAAGGAUGAAGACUUCACAUUGGCUGAGAGUGUGGCCAUCCUGCUUUAUCUGAGUCGGAAGUAUAAGACCCCUGACCACUGGUACCCCCAAGACCUACAGGCCCGUGCCCGUGUAGAUGAGUACCUGGCAUGGCAGCACACAGGCCUUCGGAACUGCUGUACGCGGGCCAUGUGGCAGAAGAUGUUGAUUCCUGUGUUCUUGGGCGAAACAGUGCCCCCUGAGAUAUUGGCAUCUACUCUGGCUGAGUUGGACAGGUGCCUGCAACUGCUUGAGGACAAGUUCCUGAAGGACCAGGCCUUCCUUACAGGGUCCCAUAUCACAGUGGCUGACUUGGUUGCCAUCACAGAGCUGAUGCAUCCUGUCAGCGCUGGCUGUCAAGUCUUCAAAAGCAGACCCAAGCUGGAUGCUUGGCGCCAGCGUGUAGAGACUGCAGUGGGGGAGGACCUCUUCCAGGAGGCCCACGAAACCAUCAUGAAGGCCAAAGACCUGCCUCCAGCAGACACUGCCAUGAAGGAGAGGCUGAGGCCCUUGGUGCAGCUUUUUUUCCAUUGAGUGAGGGGCUGGGCCUGUAGAAUCACUGAUGACAAUAAAGACCAUUUUCAGAAUAAAAAGCUGGGGCCUCCCCUAUCUGACUGUGAGUAAGAACCCCUGCAUAGUUUCUGGUCCACCAUUCCCUCCAUGUAUCAGUUCUUUCGUCUUUCCUCUCACUCCCUGUUGUCCCUUCCACUCCUACUUCCAGGUAGCCUCUGGAAAGAGCUUUCUAAACAUUUAACCCUCUUCCUCCUCUGAAACUUUCCUUGGUUCCUCUCUGUCCUGGGGUAAAAGUACAAAUCUGUGAGCUUUGCAUUCGAGGCCUUGUUCCCACGGCUCCAGGCUGCCCUCUUGUGGUUCUACAGAGUAGCCCAUCAUGUUUUAGCUCCCUUCCCCACCUUCCACCUUGGCCUCCUAGCCUUGACUCAUUCCAUUUCUGCUACCUCCAGAACCUCUUUUGGCAUUUGUUACUGUGAUACUUUUCCAGGGAGACUUCCCCCCUAGCCCCCGCCCUAGACCCAGUCAGAUGACCCCUCUAGUCCCAGCAAUUCUUUUUCUCUGUCCUGUCAGGGAGCUGGUUCCACAUCCCCUGGACUGAGCACUUGUUACUGAUCUCGUGAAGAGAUGUCUGAAUUAGUAAUGGCCUUAGUCUCCUAGCUGUCUCUCCUCUUUCUGGGGUGUAAUUCUACCUCCCACUUGAAUCCCUUUGCAGGGAUGGAAAUCCCAGGUUAUUUUCCGGUCCUCCAGGUACUGCUGAGAGACCUUCCUCUCUAUGCCUGUUCAUACCCACCACAUUGUGUUCUCCAUGCCACGCUCUGGGUCCCGGGCUUUCCACCUGACCCUGCCCUUUCCCUUCAGCUCUGUGACAACCUACCUCUGAAAUUGUAGUCAUGCCAUAAAGUGCUAAUGAACAGAGACAUCAAUAGAGACUCUCAGCCCACUAGCCUUCCCGUAAAUAUGUAUACUCAUAGUGCCUCCCUGGUGAUGCAGCGGUUGAGCGCUGGGUUGUGAAGCAGCCUGCAGCCUCUGCAGCGCUGGUUCGAUCCCCGGAUGCUGGGCGAGGGUCCCACAUGUGCAGACCUCUCCUGCUGCCCGCUGCUCCCCUCAGCAGUGUACCUCUGUCAGUCUGCCUGCUCUGCUCUCCGCUCUGGCUCUGGUGAAUUCUCUCAUCCUCUGUCACUUCUGACUGUACCCAGUGCUUGUAUAAAUAAAUAAAUA